AUGCCACUGGCGACGUCUGAGGAAGCUCUCGUUACUAAGCCUUACCUUGAUGAGAGGGAGAGGAUCACUGCAGACUUACAACGGCGGGUGGCCGAACUUGGAGAACAAAUUGAAUACGAACUCAAGCUCAGAGAGGAGCACAAUCGAGACCAGACGCACAGGAUGGAGAAGGAGUAUUCUGAGUCCACGAGGCAGUCGGUGGCCGAAUAUGAUAAGCUUACCGAUGAUAAAAACCUGAUGCAAGCUAGUAAGUUCUUCGCAUGA